AUGGCCUCGGGGGCAGGCGGUCACCCGUUCGCGAGUCCGGCAUCACCGCCGACGAAGGCGUCUUUGACGUCGUGGUGGGAUAAGUUCAAGAAGGGCAACCCCAAGAAAGAGGAACCAAAGGAAGAAGCCCCCCCGGGAAUCUUCGGCGUACCUCUUCAAGAAAGCAUUAAGUAUGCCAAGGUCGCGAUCAGUAUGAACGACCAGAAUGGGAAUUCGUUCAUCUAUGGUUACAUCCCAAUUGUCAUCGCUAAAUGUGGCGUCUUUCUGAAGGAUAAAGCAACCGACGUGGAAGGUAUAUUCCGUCUCAGUGGCUCGGCCAAAAGAAUAAAGGAUCUUCAGGUCGUUUUCAAUUCUCCCGACAAAUACGGGAAGGGCCUGGAUUGGGCUGGUUACACAGUCCACGAUGCCGCGAAUAUCUUAAGGCGAUAUCUCAACCAGCUUCCGGAGCCGAUAAUUCCACUUGAUUAUUACGAUAAAUUCAGACAACCUCUAUCUGUUGGCGGGACAAUAGACGAUGCCGAAGCGAUCAAGACAUAUCAACGCCUUAUCAGUGAACUCCCACCUCUAAACCGACAGUUGCUUCUCUACAUCCUGGAUUUGCUCGCAGUAUUCUCGUCCAAAGCAGAAGUAAAUCUUAUGCCGGCAGCAAAUCUGGCAGCAAUCUUUCAGCCUGGGAUAAUAUCCCACCCUGACCACGAGAUGUCACCCGCGGACUACAGAUUAUCGCAGGACGUAUUGAUAUUCCUUAUCCUAAACCAGGAUAAUUUCUUGCUGGGAAUGAGGGGCUCGGAUGAUAAUGAUGACAAUCAUCACGAGGACAAGGUACCAUCGGAAGGUUACCAACCAUCAUCAGAGUCACCGCGCAAUCAGUCUAAAAAUGGACUUGACAGACACCCGUCGAAUGCUAGCGCAGGGGCUGAGUCCGUAAAAAAGUUUGGGAUUCAACGACACAAUUCGACAAGUUCCAGAAAAUCUGUGUCAAGUCCUAUCGUCGGCCCCAUCGGCCUCAGCCGAAGCAAUACGGUUCCGUCCAAGAACCGUUCCCCUUCCGUAACCACACCUACAUUUCCACCCAGGACACCACAGUCCCCUCGCAUGCCCGUUUCUCCCCGAUUUCCACAGAAAGGACAGAUGACCGAAGGAAUCAGCCCGGAGCAAGAAGUUCCAGAUAACGUCCCGGAGAAGACCACUGCGACGCUGAUACUACCGACGGGGAUUGUGGCCGAACAAACAUUAGAGAAAUUGGAUGCCCCGAGACAAUCGAGCAGUCAUGGUGAGAAGACGACCUCUGAAUUCUCGGAAAUGGUUUCGCCGGUUGAACCACCUACCAACAAUGACACGCAAUCUCAUCCUCCUCAUGCACAGGGAGCCACUGAACAACCCAAUGCAACUAAUCCUCUGCGAACACCUACGAAAGAAAAAGGAUUUUCAUCUUACUUUGCGCGAUCCCCUGGCAGUGAAACUGAGAGGAAGACCUCUAACAAACUUAGGAAGAAGAGGAUCCCUGGAAGUCAAAACCCGUCAGCAGAAUCGUCUACAGCAUCGUUGAAUGGGACAACAUCACAUCCUCCUGUUGCAAUUGCUCAGCAAAUCCCACCAGCCUCUAAUCCCACUUCUCAACAACCCCCCUUGUUACCGAUCUCUGCUUCACCGCCCAAUGAUCUCCCAGCACUAGAUACUAGGACCCCUUCUUUCCAAGCCAACAUCCAAGCAUCGACACCGACUGAUGCAAAACAACUAGAACCCCCAGCUCCUGGGGUUCCUCACGGCAAGGGCGUUCCAUCAGCCUCGACAUCAUCUUUAGUUCAGCAAGUUUCGCAAACUCCGUCGCAAGCGUCGUCUCUUUCCUCGCAAUCCUCUCAACCCGACAACGAAAAACUCGGUGAAAAACCAAAACAAAAGUCCAUCUGGCGAAAGUCUGCUCAGAAGUUGAACCUUGGAUCAGCUCAAGCCACUGCCCAAGCUACAGCCGACAAACUUUCGGGCCUCAUCUCUCCCCCAUUUGUUAAACCCCUUAACAGCAACGGUUCCAUGCAUUCGCUGAAUUCUAAGGGUCGACGACGGAGCCAUUCCGUAGGUGAAAAGGCCGGCGAGGCACCGAAAGAGGUAUCGACACUGCCGCAGCGAGGGGCGAGUGCUAGCGGCCAGCAUGCCUCGAGUACUGAGAAUUUGGGUGCGAUCGGUUGGCUGCAAAAGAAAAUAAAUGAGAGGAAAGAAAAAGGAGAGAAGGAGAGAGAUGCCUCGGCUGGUCCACCACAAUUUCCAAUGCUUCUUACCACUACCCCAAUCGCCGAAGUUGAGACACCAAUCUCACCGAAGAGGUGA